AUGUAUCCAUAUUCGUAUUUUAGAAAUAACAAAUCGACUAUGACUGCAAUAUGUUUCGUUUGCAAUCUACCGAUACUAUCCCAUCAAGUGGGAUUGGUAUGGGCGGGCGGCAACGGCUGGGACGAGCUGACGCGCUCUACUCUCGAAGAGUCAACUCUCAGACAGCGGCUGGGCAGCCGAAGGGACUCAGCUGCUCAAGUUUCAUGUCUCUCUCCACCAGAACCCGAUGGCGACCAGCCAAGAGGUGGACCCCGCCGCCGCAGAUCAUCGUUAGCUCAACUCACAGACAUUCUUCGAGAAUGGGGUGGUGGUGGAAGCAAUGCCCCAAGACGUCAAAGGGCGCCUUUAUCACGACGAGAAACCUUAGCAGAUCUGGCUCGCUCUCUCCCAUGGGCGCGCCACGAGCCUCCUCCGCGAAGGCGGCGAGAUUCAUCCGCAGAUUCUGGCAUCAAGUCAAUGGCGUCAAAACGUCGCGAUUCAAAAGCACCCCAAGAUUUCAGAUCUGACUACCCACACUAUUUUGAAAGAAAAGACUCCACAACAAUUAUUCCCUCUAGAGAACGGCGUAUAAAAAGACGCGGUUCUGGUGAUGAUAAAGAACGCAGAGAUUCUGUUGAUGGACACCGCCACAGGCGAGAUUCUGUAGUAGCCCCACCUCCUAGAAUCGUUGCAACGCAUAAAAAGAGAAGACCAUCUCCCCCAAUGCAGGCACCACCAUCGUUUGUCGAUGCUUCGUCAGAUCCUGGUCCAUCGCAUCCACCAUCAGUAACGGUUGUUACCGUACAUGAGCCGAGUCGAUCAGAUGGCGAAUGUCCAUUAAUGACAAUGCCGACUAUCAUUACAUCUGCAGUAACACCAUCUCCAACGUCGCCAACAGUGCCUACCGUAAAUACUGUCACAACCCAAGCAUCACCAACCACACAAGUAAAUCAAAUAAGUACAGCAACGCAAGAGUCUCAAUCGACGCAGGCUACACAAGCAACACCUGGAGGUAGAACACCGCCUAACUUGGGAGGUAGGCGUGAUUCCACGACACAAUGCGGUCGAACAAGGCGUGAUUCAAGAGCAGCAGCAAGUCCAGAACGUAGGCUAGGAAGACUGCAAAGACAAGCUACUGCUUUCGAUGAUCCUAUUGGUCCGCCUGGAACGCGACGGCCUUCUUUAGAGCCAGAUGAUGCUGGAAGAGCUCGUCGUGAUUCUUUAAGUCCAGAUUCAGCUGCGCGAUCUAGAAGAGAAAGGAAUCAAUUGAGCCCAGAUAGAGCGGGAGGUGGUGAAUUAAGUCCAUCAGCAGCACGACGGCGGAGUCGUCUGAGAAGGCAAGCAUCCUGUGCUAGAAUGGGACGAGCACGAAGUCCAGAAUCAAGCUCUUGUUCCAGCCGAGAUCCGAGCCCGUGUGCAAGGCCACCAGAAAGAACCAUAUUCAGGCGGCAAUCCACUACAGAAGAGAUACUCAUUGCACGGGGUUUUCGACGUCAAUCAACAACAGAAGAAAUGAUACGUUGCAGAAAUUUCAGGCGUCAAAGUUCACAAAGCGAUGAUGCGUGUAUGCGCGCUAGGGGUCGCCGAGAUUCAUCAACCCAGAUUUUAGACGGCACAAUUGGGACCAUGACUGUUGAAACAACAAGUACUUUCUUCGAUUCAAGUACACAGACGGAGCCAUCACCAUUGUACGACAACAAUCAUUAUCACGAGGAAUGUCUGCGUUGCAACUCCUGCGGGUUGAACCUUACCGGACCAAAUCAGAAACGUGCGCGCCGCUUCAAAAACCAGAUCCUGUGCGACCUUCACUUCGCGGACGUCGCGCUCAUGGAGUGCAGCGACUUCAUGCAACAGCUGCGCAGCUUCAAACCUCAGUCACUCGGCUGCGCUGUGGCCAGGCGCAAGUCGUCAACUACCCUCAUAUUCCCUUUGCCACCACAAGCGUGUUCAGAUGAAUUCUGCGAAGAGUACCCGCACAGCCUGAUUCCCACGCCGGGGUACUGGAUAGAGUGCUCACGUCAGAAAAUAGCAACAGACACGAUAUGGGACGAAUCGGAGUCAGAACAUGACAGCGGGCCGGACAGGGACAAUGAUAAUGAUCGUCACAGAAGAUCAGGUUCCCUGGACGAAGCGGCAGAGGACAGCAGUGAUAAUGGCGGCAGUACGCCGAAAAAGAAAACCGCCAUAGAGGAACAAUGGGAGAGAUCUGGCGGAUUCGAACUAACGUCCGUCGAACAGGAGACAUACGAAAAAUACUUCUAUGGCACAGAACAUUGGAACUAUUUCACAAACGACGAAGACCUCGGACCUGUGAUACUUUCUAUAAAACAAGAAACGCUUAACUCCAGGGAUCAGUUUAGGAUUUUAGUACGGGCGAUAAGUUACACGGUGCACGGUUUGAUUCCCGCGUCGUGCGUGUUCGCGGACCGGUACAACCGGGAGGAGGUGGUGCGGUCGCUCGGCAAGGAGGUGAACAUCAACCCGCCGCUCAUGCUGGGACAGCUGCCGGAUACGCCGGAAGAACUGUUGAAGCUUGACCAGGUUUUCAUCAAAUCCGAAUUAAAAGUUGGCAUUAUAUACGUUAAAGAAAACCAAUAUACUGAGGAGGAAAUCUUGGAUAAUAAUGAGAAUUCACCGCUAUUCGAAGAAUUUCUUCAAGUUCUCGGAGAAAAAGUGCGACUCAAAGGUUUCGACAAAUACAAAGGCGGUCUGGACACAGUCCACGACCUGACCGGCCUGUACUCCGUAUACACAAACUGGAGGAGCAUAGAGAUAAUGUUCCACGUGUCCACACUCCUGCCAUACGAGAGACAUGACCCUCAAAAGUUGCAGAGGAAACGACAUAUCGGCAAUGAUAUCGUGUGUGUCGUGUUCUUAGAAGCUGAUAACACUGCCUUCUCACCAGCUUGUAUAAAGAGCCAUUUUCUACAUACGUUCAUUUUGGUGCGAGUGUCGGCCAAAAUCAAGCGUCGACCGACACGCUAUGAAGUGUCGGUGGUGACGCGAGAUGAAGUCGGCGCGUACAAGCCCUACCUUUGGGAGCAGAGCGUGUUCGAUAAAGGGGCUAUGUUCCGAGAAUGGCUGCUCACAAAGAUAGUGAACGGCGAACGAGCCUCAUACUCCGCUCCGAAGUUCGCGCGAAUGCAGGAGCGAACUCGCAGCCAGAUGUUAGAGGACAUUGUGGCCAACCUGCAGAACCACGCGGAGACGGGGCAGAUACCGAAGCCUUAUCGACGGGGUUCCUGGCGUCCCAUCGGGCACAUGCGUCCAUCUUCUCCCCUGUUGGACUCAGUACGCGACCAGUUCGAAGACUACGACCAACUCGCGAAGGACUUCACGCGCGUUUUCCUUAAUAGUGAACUGAAUGCGGCCCACAACGCACAGCUUUUUGAUGUUGUGUUCCUUGUGGGACAGUCGAAACAGAAGACGCGGUUUAUUGGAGUACGGGCGAUACUGGGCGUGAGAAGCAGGGUGUUCCAAGAGAUGCUGUACGGCAUCCAGUCGGGGUUCGGUUCCCCGCAGGUGCCGGUGGCGGAGCUGCUCGCGCGGCCCGCGCCCACGCUGCUCUCGCCCACGCCCAACAAGCACAAGAGCAGCAACUUCCUGCAGGUGCCCGAUAUUGAGUCGCCCAGGCCGAAGAGCGUCCCGAGCUCCCCGAUGGUGAAGCGCGCGUUCUCGCGGCUCGGCACGAUCACGGCGGGCUGGGGCCGCUCCAUCCGCAAGCAGCACUCGCACCUCAACGCCGACGACAAGAAGAAGUGGGCCAGCUCGCAGGACUGCUCCAACAAAGAAGCAAAAGAGAAAGAAAAGGAGAAAAACGCAGCUUUAGCCGUACCCCGGCUAUCUGUGUGUGCUGACGCGCAGAAAGUCGAUCGUGCCAAACUAGCUCAGACUGAGUUCUCAAUAAUCGAGUUCGACCCGGAGACAUUCCGCACGCUGCUGGACUACCUGCACACGGGCAGCUGCCCGCUGACGUGCGCGUCCAUCCCGGGGCUGAUCUGCGCGGCCGAGCACUACGACCUGCCCGAGCUGCUGCAGGCCUGCUUCCACCAUGCGAAGCAGUUCUUGAGGAUUGAAGUGGUAUGCACAAUGCUGAUUUCGCUGGAGAACUACUACUGGCGUUACACAUCGGCCUCGGAACUCGUGAACAUGAUCCUUGCAUUCAUUGAACAGCGAGCUUAUGCACUUUUCCAAACACCGGAAUUUCUGAACCUUUCCGAAUCGAUGGUCCAAAUGAUCAUGUGCAGAAACCUAGAAGUGCCGGAAGUGAGGAAAUUCGAAGCGAUGCUAAGCUGGGCUAAAAACAAAAUAAAGGCCAAAUCUGCUAAUAAGACUGACGCUAAAAAUGAAUUUAAAUGCAUCAUGGAAAGGCUGGCUAGAGAUCUGAAACUUUACCGAAUAUCGCCCCAAGAGCUGAUAAAAGUGGUGCUUCCAUCAAAGGCCAUUAAGAACGAACGCAUUCUGGAAACUCUCAUGUACCAGGCCAACUCGGGAAUGUACAGAAUCCAAGAAGACUACAUCGAGGCCUGUCAACAGCGUAUACAGAAACAAGAUUCUAGAUUUUCCGAAUUCGAAAGCUUUGACUAUGGCAUUUAAACUUGGAGCUGUGAGGAAUAUCAGUGUAUUAGAUAGUUUAGGAACUGUUCGGACCGGGUUCUUCUCAAUGUGGUAUGUUGACGCCUUCUAAAAGUAUUAUUGUUGUAGAUGUACUUUAGUAGAGGUGCGAGAAAUUUUUGUACAAUUCUCGAAUACCUAAUCCUUGUUGUUGUUCAUUGAUACCUAUAUAUUUUAUACAUCUAGCUAGACGUGUUCAGUAUAAACAUCUCUAUUUUUGGUACCAGAAAUUUGGCAAAUAAUAUGUGUGGAAAUACUUAUUUGAUAAUAUCGUCAAAAAGGUCGAGUACAAAAAGCGGGAUAAGAAUAUAUGGGUCAGACGCUGGGGAGUAGGUAUGUUCUAAUGUUCAUAUUAAUGUAAUUUGUUAAUACCUUUACACCUUGCAACUAUCCGCCCUUACAGUUAACUAAUGUUCGAAUGAUUUUGCUCAUAAUACAAGUUAAGACUAAAAUGUCCCACUUAUCUAAUUCCUUAGAAUAGUUCCCCAGAUUGGUCCCAAAUCAUGUAGAGGAUAUAAUGUGACUGAUGAAUAAAUUGAAAAAAAAAUAUGAUGGAAAUUCUAAAUGUUAGAUGUAAUGAAUGAUAUUUAUGAAAAUUACGCGAAAAAAAAUUAUAUUAUCUUAAAAAUGUAUAUAAAUGUGAGCGAAAAAGUGGCGAAUAAAAAUUAUCAAAAAAUAACUGUGUUAUGUUGAAGUAGAAAAAUGUGUAGUAAAACCUCUUCCUAUCUUCUAAAUAGAUUAUACCCUGUGAAUUCUUCCAAGAACUAUCAUUGGUUUCUAUACAUUUUAUACUAAAAAGUUAAAAACCAAUAAGUCAAGCUUUAAAUUCUAUUAUACCUUAGUGUGCCUACUUUGUACAUACCUCUUAAAAUUAUAUAUUUUCACCUCCUUAUCCUUGCUCUUUGCAAUUUCCUCAAUUUAUUUUAUAUCUUUCAUUGUACCCACAUAUUAAAUGAUAGCAAUCAAAUCUUGAUUAUAUUCAUAAUCCCCUCGAUAUUUUAAUAUGUUGUCUUUAAAAUUAUUAUACAUUAAAAAUAUGUAAUAUAUGUACAAGUUUAAAGGUAUUAAUUUAACCUUAACCACUGUCCACUGUUUCUUUCAAUUUGACUAUUAUUGAAAUAUGAGUAGAUUAUGUUAUGAUCAAUAAUAUAUAUGUAUUAUGAAUUAUGAUAACAUCUUGAGCAAGGCUUAAAACAUAAUUUGCGUUUCAAAGAAACUUUCUGUACCAAAUCUUUUAAAAGAUCCAUUUCCCCAAAUCUACUUGCUCAUAAAGCAAAGUAAUAAUAUUAAAUAUUAUGAUGAUAAAUAUUAAUAUUAUAAAUAUUAAUAUCUGGAUACACCAGAUAAUAAUUUUCAUAUUAAUAAAUAAGUAAGUAUUCUUUUGGUGAAGUGGAUUCUAAUAAAUAUCUACAAUACUAUUGUAUAUUGAAUAGGUGUUAAUAUAUGAAUAUUAAAUAUGUAGCCUAAACUAACAUGUCUUAAAAUCUGAUAAAAAUUAAAAAUGUCAAGUUGAAUUGUCAGUAAAAUUUUUAUACUUGUGAAAAUUUAAAGAAAGAAAUCUACCACUUACUACCGAUAUUUAUGUUAUCAGUAAUUGCUCAAAAGCUUUGAAGGUGUAUGGCUUUUAUCCAAUAAGUAUUUAUUUCUCCUAUAUCUUCAAGUAUAUGAACCACUGCUUAGUCCUUCCUUAAACUUCCCAAAUGUGUAAUACUCAUAAAUAUUUAAUAAUUAGGUUUAAUUUGUAGAAACACCAAAAUAUAUAAAUUGAUGUUCAUAAUGAUUAAUAUAAGUUUUCUAUUCCAAAAUUUAACCUUCCUGUGAUUGUGGAUGUUGCUAUAUGUAUAACAUGCGGAAUCUUCAAAUGAUACAAAAUUUAAGAUAUCUAUAACUGUUAUUUUGCGUGAGCAAGAUUAUUUAAUAAAAUUUUAUGUGGUGAAUAAAUUUUUGUGUAUGA